AUGGGUGUGCAAAAGAAGACUCGCAAGUUCGCGCAGAUGAAGCGCGCCAUCAAGGCCCGCGAUGAGCGACUGAAGAAGCCGGAAGCGAAGAAGGAGACGCCCAAGGAGGAUCAGCUGACUCGUCAAGUUACCCAAGCCCCUUCGAACAUGUUCUUUGCCGCAAACACUGCCCUUGGCCCUCCCUACCACGUGCUGGUCGAUACCAACUUUGUUUCCCACGCUAUCCGAGCGAAGCAGGAUCUACUUACUUCGAUGAUGGACCUGCUAUACGCGAAGUGUGUUCCGACCUUCUCAGACUGCACCAUUGCGGAAUUGGAAAAGCUGGGUGACAAGUACCGCCUCGCACUUCGGGUUGCCAAAGACCCUCGGUGGUCUAGGGUCAAGUGCUCUCACAAGGGUACCUAUGCAGAUGACUGUAUCGUGGAUCGGGUGACGAAGCAUAGAAUUUACAUUGUGGCGACCAACGAUCAAGAUCUGUGUCGCCGUCUGCGCAAGAUUCCUGGUGUGCCCAUCAUGAAGGUUGCAAGGGGCAAAUUCACCAUCGAGAAGUUGCCCGAUGCUUUGGAUUAA